AUGGUGCAUAUCAAAUUUUCUCAAUUAAGAGAUACAGGGAUUUAUGAAUGUCAAGUGUCGACUACACCACCAGUUGGGUAUACUAUGAUAUUUUCUGUUGUAGAACCAAUCACUACCAUUCCUGGAGGUCCAGAGCUUUUUAUUGAUUUGGGAUCAACAGUUAACUUAACCUGCAUAGUAAAGCAUCUCCCCGAUCCACCAUUAACAGUGCACUGGACACAUAACAAUCAGGAAAUUAACUAUGAUUCACCGCGUGGAGGAGUUUCGGUGAUAACCGAAAAAGGAGAUAUAACCACAUCGUAUUUGCUAAUACAACGAGCCCAAAUAUCAGAUUCUGGAAUAUAUUCCUGUUCCCCGUCAAAUGCGAAUUCUAAGUCUGUUGCCGUUCACAUUUUAAAUGGAGAUCAUACUGCCGCUGUUCAAAAAGCGCCAACGUUAGCGGGUUUUACAUUUCAUAUGUUAAUUUUAGCUGUUACUUUUAAACAUAUACUCAUUUAAUAAUGUUACAACUAAAAUAUAUUUUAAAAAUAUCGAUCAAA